AUGAGCCAGCAGCAGCUUCCAUUUGGCUACCUCUCCCAUAUUGACUCGUACAUGGCCACCGUCAACGCCUUUACGGCUCCUCCGCAGCCACAGUCCGCUGCCCAACCCCCACUACCACCACCACCACCACCAUCAUCAGCACCGCUGACCACCACCACCGCCCUCGCCACCACUACCACCCUGCCCGACUGCUUUCGCACUCUCCGCUGCGAUGGUUGCGAGAUGCUCUUUGCCGAGGCCGCCCCCGACGAGCUCCGGUGGACGUUUCCCUGCCGCCACGUCUACUGCGUCGCGUGUGCGGCGCACGCCCGCGCCGCCGCCCUCCGCAGCAACGUCCUCUGCCACCGCUGCGCCAACAUUAUCGUGCGCAGGCUCGACAACCCGCCGUGCACGCACCAGAUCCCCGCCGUCGCGUUUGACGUGCGCCGACCCGACGCGUUUCCAGGCUUUCCCGAGCGAUACAAGCUGGCGCUCGGGCAGCGCACGGGGCCGAAAUGUCAGCGGUGCUGGCUGGUGGCGCGGCUGCAGAGCGUGUCGUACAGGAUCGCUCAGCGGUACAGGGUGCAGGAUUGGGGAUUUCCGGGGGAGCUGUACGCGUGCGUGCAGGUUGAUAGGCAGCGGAUGGUGCACGGCAUGCGCGGGGAGCUGCCAGAGGUCGAGGUGGACGCGGAGGGGGAUGUUGAGCUGUGCAGGACGGGCAUCAGAGAGGAGCUGAGCCAGAUUGCGUCGGAUAUCUGUGGCGGGUUGGGACAGGUGCCCAUGGAGCCGAAUUUUGAUCCCAGAGGGCAUAUUGUGGUGCAGUACAGGCUGAGAGGCUUUGCACAGUGGAUGAGCAAGAAUGCAAUCGAUGUGAGGAGCAUGCCGGUUGGCCUGCGGGCGGCCGUGUACGGGGAGUGGACAUGA